GUAGGUGUGGCGGUUGGCAGAGGGUUCCAUCUUCGAGCCGUCCUCCCGUUGCUUAUUGGUCGGAGGAUCGGCACACCGGUUCGAGGGAGCGCGUUUGCCUGAACCUCGUACACCGUUCUCUGCCGUGGACGGGCGGAGCUUGCCACGUUUCUCCCCCUAGGAGCUAGUGGGGGAGAAAGCCAUCGGUGCUCUCCUGGCGCAUCGGCCGAAUCGUAAAUCAUGACCAGUCGGUCGCACGGAGCGCAUCGUGACAAACAGGCUGAAAACCGUUUUGAAAACAUCGGGGCCCCCCCGAGCGCGUGAGAGUGCGUGAUCGAUCCAUCCGCUCGCCGAUCGUCCCGAUCUCUCCGAUUUCGUCUCGUCGCACGCGCCCGCCGCCGCCUCCUCGUCGAUCCACGGAUCGUUCGUGCCCGCGUAAUCGUUCGUCACAUCUCUGUCCCUCGUCUUUACGAUAGUGACAUCGUGUCCUCCUCCUCCUCCUCCUCCUCCUCCGCGCCUCCCUCCCGCCCCUCUCCCCCAAAUUUAAUUCGAUCCGCAGCGUAAGGCAACGUACCGCGAGAGGAUCCGUGCAAAAGUUUGAUGUGGAACGUGAAGGAGGAGAGAGAGGAGGUUAACGAAAAGUGAAUCGAGGGAUAUUAGUUGGUUGGGGAGAGGAUUCGAGGAGAUCAUGUGCAGCAAUGAAAGCCCGCCACCGGCCAAGGAACCGUUGGCCGUCGGUCUCGGCAACCCGAUGACCGGUUUCUUGCCAGGCCUCGAGCAUUACCGGCUUCAAUUGUACCAUUACGCGAUGGCCGAGAGAUUGAGGCUUGCCCAGCAGCUGCACCCCCAGCACCCAGGUGUCGGCCACCCGCCCUCCACCGCCCCCGCUCACCUGGGAAUGGGACCGGGGUUCCCGGCCCCCCUGCCCCUGUACCCGGCGGCGGCGGCCGCGGCCGGAUACCCGAGCAGGCUGGCCCUGUCCAUGGCGUUGCUCCACCCGCACCAUCAAAGAAUCCCGGAGGAGCCGAAGCCGCAGCACAGUUACAUCGGUUUGAUCGCAAUGGCGAUCCUCUCGUCCCCCGAGAAGAAGCUGGUCCUGUCCGACAUAUACCAGCACAUAUUGGAACAUUACCCUUACUUCCGUACCCGGGGCCCGGGCUGGAGGAACUCGAUCAGGCACAACCUGUCCCUGAACGACUGCUUCGUGAAAUCCGGGAGAAGCGCGAACGGGAAGGGCCAUUACUGGGCGAUCCAUCCCGCCAAUCUGGAGGAUUUUCGCCGCGGCGACUUCAGGAGGCGCAAAGCGCAGAGGAAGGUACGAAGGCACAUGGGUCUGGCGGUGGACGAGGAGCCGGACAGUCCAAGCCCGCCGCCUUUGCCGGCCACCCCGCCCCCACCGGCCACGCUCGGCCCGCCGGUCGCUUCUCAACCGAUGACGGGAAUUUGGGCGCCCCAUCACCACCAUCCUCACCACCAGCACCAGCAACAGCAGCAGCAGCAGCAGCAAACGUUUCAGAGCCAAGCUGUGAGGCAAUCCUCGUCGUUUCAACCGUCGAGGAAGAGGCAGUUCGACGUUGCGUCUCUCCUCGCGCCCGACGACCAACACCAAAUCGAGUCGGAUCUGAGGUCGGCCAAGUCGAGGAGAUUCAGUUGCAGCGAGGACGAGAUGCACGAUCUCCAGGAGGCCGACCAAGACGAGGAGGACGUGGACGUGGACGUGGUGGCCGAGACGAACGCCCUCCCGUCGCCCAACACGCCGUCGGCCAGCCCCGAUUCCAAGCUCGUCUCGCCGACCACCACCCAUUGGACCAAUCAGGGUAUUCAGAGCACAGGCCAACAGUUACCCGGCUUACAUCUUCAGAAUCACUUGCAAGCGAGGAAUUAUUACGUGGUGGCAACCUCGAGUGCCGGGCCGACCGUCUAAUGGACUCUGCUGCACGAAUAAUAAUAAUAAUAAUAAUAAUAAUAAUAAUACCGUGGUCCCAGUGUUUCACCCUCUCGAUUCUGUUCCUCGAAGAACUGUUUCGCCUCCCCUCCCCCGAGGCGGUGUUCGACGAUCGAAUCGUGAAACGUUGAAAAGCUGCUGGAAAUUCGCGCGAGCUACUUCUAGAAGUGACUCUCAGGUGACGGGAGGGAGGGAAUUUUUUCUUUCUUUUUUCUCCUUUUUCUUUUUCUUUUCUCUCUUUUUCUUUGGACGAUCUCGCCAUCUUUAUUCUUGGAUCGGUUAAUAAGCAUCGAUCGAUCAGUCGAUGAACGUUUUUUACGCUACGUUCUUACGUCACCAUGUUGGUGGUAACUAGUCGUGCCAAAUUGCGAAACGAUUUUCUACCAUUCCUUCUUAUCAUUUGGCGAUUCGAAACUAAUAAUAUUUUAUUUAUAUAAGAUCAGGGCCCUAUUUGCAUGACAAUUUAUCAAAGAUUAGUUAUUUUCUUUCCUUCUCUUUAAUAAUUCUACGUUGUAAUGUUCUUCCAACCACUUUCUCCAUCUUUUAAUUUAUUCUUAAUUAUUACAAGUUGGAUAGAUAUCUCGAUCAUCUAUCAACCCGUUUAGUUUGAACCUUCUUUGGGGGGCAGGUAUACGCGUCGUAAAUCGGUCACGAGUCGAUCGACUUAUUCCAAAAACCAUGUAUUCUCGGCUCCAACCGUUAACAUGAUGAAAUUUCAGCCCUCUAAAGGAGUCAAUGAUUAUGCGAAAGGGUCCAGAUUAAUGUAAUUAAUCUAUUUGUAAAUAAGAUCUAGUUGCUCGAUGUUAUCGAUUUAUUGCGAGUGAAUAAUACGCUUGGUAAUUUUUGUUGUUGUCGGUGUUUAUUUUCUUUAUUUUUUUUUUUUUUUAAACAACGAAUUCCCCCGUUUGCUCCGUUCGCCUUUCAAUUCAAGAUGGUGGCCCCGUCGGUAUCGAACCCGAUGUUUCUCUCAAUUCGAGUCCGGCACUUGAAUCCAUGUAUCGUGAAACACGUGUUUAGGGAACGACUUUAUAUAUGUAUUGUAUAAAAAAUAUAAAUGUGUAAGGAACGUGCAUACGUGUAGUCGGAGAUAUAGAAGAAUUUCCACACUCCACAUCCGUGAUUUUGAGAAAGAUACGUUGAUGAUUUGAUAAUUUUUUUGGGGGGUGGGGGGGUCGUUAACCUUUUGCCAAAUGAUUUCGAAAUAAGGAAAAUAAGGAUUGUUGAUAAGUGAAUCGACGUUGAAAGGUUAACGAUGCAGAUGUGUAACAAGUGUAGAUACAUUACCACGUGAUAAACCAGGUUCGAGAUCCGAUUCGAAGAAGAAUUCGGUGAGUUUGAGAGUGUAAGGAGAAAUUUUAUAAACGGUUUUAGAGAACAGAAUUGAAUACAAUUUCCGAAUAAGAUAGAUUACUUUAGAUCAGACUCGUUAAAUUUAUUAGAGAAAAUUUCAAUACAAGCUAAUAGAUUCUAAAUAUUUAAAAUUAAAAAUUUAUUUCGACGAUAAGCGACCUAACUUUUGAUUCGACGUAACUAAUCAAAGAAGUAAAUUAUUAAAGGAUAUAAAGUGGUACUGCAUCUACACGCGAUAUCGAUGCGAAUCGAUGUUACUCGUGCCAAUCUGUGGGAUUCUGUUAAGAGAAAAUUCUUUGUACAUAGAUAGAGAAAGGAAGGAAAGCAAAGCGUAUCUGUCGCGAUAGGCAUAUGAUAUAAUUUCCAAAAUUUUUUUCCCCCCGCAAAAUAUGAAAUUCGAAUGCUUGGGGCAUUACAUCAGACUGAGAAACGGACCCUGUUCAAAGUGUAAUAUAAAUCGUUCACGAAGGAAAAUUUAUCGAUAGUCUCGUCUUUAUUAUAUUACGUAUUGUAUCGUCUCGAACGAUACACAAACGAAUAAUAUUAUUCUGUGCAACCCAUCCUCCUCCCCUCUGUAUGUAUGUAUGUAUGUAUGUAUGUACGUAUGAAAGUAUGUAUGUAUGUAUAUGUACCUAUAUAUACGUGCCUACGUAUAAUUGAGAUGUAUCACGAUUAACUCAUACACACACACACAAACACACACACUGCAUAGUGGAUAUAUAAACGGACGGAUAGAUCGUGGUACGAUUGCGAAGAGACAUACACGGAGGAAUAUUACACGGUUUUUUAAAGAUUACCUCAAGCAAAAAUACAGAUGUGUCGUCUCUCUAGAUUCUCAGCGCGGAACUGCCGCAUCUCGAUGCAAUUGAAGCUGAAUAAAAUUUCUGUUCCCAUGAAU